ACACCCCUACAGGCCUUUAUUAUUAUGUGUUUGGUUGGCAAUAAGUUUCAAUUGUUUGUAGCUCCCCAGCAAAAGAUAUAAAAAGGGUCCCCUCACAAACUCAUCAAACAUAAAAGCCUCCUCUGAUCUUUCUCUUUUACUUGGUAGAACUAAAAAAAAAAACCCAAAAAACCUAGCAAGAAGCCAAAAAAGAAAAGAGGGAAUCUAUUCUUUUUGUUUGUCCAUGGACUUUGAUCUGAAGCAAUGGAGAAACCAGGAGGAGUCAGAAGCAAAGGUACCAAGACUUGUGCUUGAUCUCCACUCCUCUCAUGGGGGUGGGGGGUCAUCUUCUUCUGCACUUCCAUUGUUUGUGUCUGAACCCCCCACCAGCAAGCUGUCAGCAUACUCUUCUGAUUCCACACCCACUGCCACUACCAAAUUUCCCAGGAUGGGUGGAAGUUACUUCAGCUUGGGGCAGUGGCAGGAGCUUGAACUGCAGGCUUUGAUCUUCAGACACAUGAUUGCUGGUGCACCUGUUCCGCCUGAGCUCCUCCACCUUGUUAAAAAGAGCCUCUUCAACUCUGCUACUUCUCCUUACUAUUUCCCUCACCCUCUUCACCACUAUCCCCAUUAUCACCCAGCUGCCGCACCUUUGAUGCAAGCAGGGUACUGGGGGAGAGCGGCGAUGGAUCCGGAGCCGGGGCGGUGCCGGAGGACCGACGGGAAGAAGUGGCGGUGCUCAAGGGACGUGGUGGCGGGUCAGAAGUAUUGUGAGCGCCACAUGCACCGUGGCCGCAACCGUUCAAGAAAGCCUGUGGAAAUUCCCACGCCAACUCCUCCGACUGCCGCCGGUGGCCUGAAAACCAACCCCACGGCGGAUGCUCAGCCCAUGGCCGGCGGCCGUGAUGCCCCACCUCACUUCACUCUCUCUUCCGCUGCUCCUCCCUCGUCUUCCAUUGAUCUCUUUCACCUCAGUCAAAGGCAUCAUGGAGAGCCCAUUAUGGAAAAUAGCGGCCCACUUGAGGCCCAAAAUGAUGGGCCGUCUGGUGGAGGACAGACACUCCGGCAUUUCUUCGACGACUGGCCCAGACCACUUGAGGAAACUGAGAGCUCCUCCACCGCCACCAACCUCUCCAUCUCCAUCCCCGGAAACGCUUCUUCCGAUUUCUCGCUGAAGCUCGCCACCGGGCCUCCGCUGGGCAGCAUUGAACGGACCACCGCGUGGGGGACGAACCAGGGCGGGCCGCUGGCGGAGGCUUUGAGAUCUUCCACGUCCAACUCGUCGCCCACCAGCGUUUUGCACCAGUUGCAGCGUAACUCAACAACGUCCGAGACUAGUUUUAUCAGCAGUUGAUUGUUUUCUUCAAAAAUGCAUCAUGUCUAGGUUGUUUUAUCUUAAUUGGCAUUCUUAUUUAAAUGUCGGCUGUACAAAUUGCAUGCAUGGAGUGUGUAAUGCUUUAAUUAAUUUCUUCGUGUUUUCAUUAUUUUAGUAGUAAGUUACACCAGUUUUUAAGUAACAAAUUGAGGGUGACAUUGAUAUAUAUGAUGCAUGCAUACAUGGUUCGAAAAGAAAUGAAACCCUGAUUGAGUUUA